AUAAACUUAGGUUUCAUCCAAGGCACUAAUUACUUUUACAAGGAAAAUAGUAAAAUAAAAAAAAUAAGAAAUAAAACCCUAAUCGAAUAUCAAAUCUCCCUCCAAAACACUUUCACUCUCCUCUUCCACCGCAAUUCCAGCGGCAGCAUCGACGGCUACUCUUCCCUCACGAACGCUCGCAGCAGCGGCGUAAUCUCUCUCACGAGCAUCUAUCUCUGCGACAGCAUCCCUCUCCGGCAAGUUGCUGGAUUGUCGGGGGGACUUUAUAAACCUCAUCCAUGUCUUCUGUUAUCGAAUUUGAAUAUUCAUCUCCCAAUAUUUACAUAUCUGAAGAAUGGUCUGAGGCUGCCGAGUACAUAGCCUUUGGUUCUCCCACUUCGCGGCCUCCUGUCGCUCUUAUCUGCGGUGCCAAAAAUUGUGGCAAAAGUACUUUCUCACGUCACCUUCUCAAUGUUUUCCUUCGAAGGUACAAGAAGGUGAUAUACCUGGAUUCUGACGUUGGACAGCCUGAGUUUACUCCACCGGGUUUUCUGUCCCUCACCGUGGUUUUUAAAUUAGAUUUGUCGACUCCAUGCUUAAAGACGCCAGAGAGAUGCUUAUACUUUGGUGAUAUUUCUUCAAAAAGAGAUCCAACAGCAUACCUGAGUUAUGCAAAUACCUUAUAUGAUUAUUACCGAAAUGAGUACCAUUCUUUUAACAAGACUGAAGACCUUGACAAGAUUGAAUUGCCUCUUAUAGUAAACACACCUGGUUGGGUGAAAGGUAUCGGCUACGAGAUAUUGGUAGAUAUGUUAAAAUACAUUGCGCCAACACAUGUAGUCAAAAUCAAUAUAUCUGCUGAGAGUAAGAACCUUCCGGCUGGGGCAUUUUGGCUAGAAGAGGAAGAUUGCGGGACGACCAAUCUAAUUGAAAUACGUUCAGCUCGUCAAGAUGCUUUCAAUCGAUCGAUACUAGUACAAAGGGAUGCAGGUCUCAUGCGAGAUUUGCGUAUAAUGGCUUAUUUUAGACAGUGCUUUCCUAGAGAUUGCAAUAUUACCACAAUUAAAGAGCUUGCACAUGCACUGGCAUCUCACCCUCCUUACCAAGUUCCAACAUCAAGCAUUAAGAUUAGACACCUGCACUGUCAGGUACCGAGUGAUCAGAUCUUCUAUAGUCUGAAUGCAACUAUCGUUGGCUUGGCUAUAUGCUCCGAAAAUUCUGAAAAUCUCUCAUGGUGUGUUGGUCUUGGAAUUGUUAGAGGCAUUGAUACAGUUAAAGGUCUGCUAUAUGUUAUCACACCUGUCCCCCAUGGCACUUUGGAAAAAGUUGGCCUUCUUUUGCAGGGUUUUAUCCAAAUUCCUUCUUGUUUGUUGCAGGUUAAAGGAUGCUUGUCUCCUUACAUGUCUGCGAACAUUCUACCCACGAGCUAGCGCACGAACAGAUACUGAAAGCAAAAGCAUUAGGUUAUUUUAUUUUUUCAGAUUAAAGCAUUAGGUUAUUUUAUUAUACACCUCAUUCUCUGUAAAUGUAAAUGUACAAUAGUAGUCUCCCAUUUUUGCUUUGAAUUAUAAUUAUCUAAAAUUUGUAUACCAUAACUGUUUUGGCAUUCAGCACAAUUUGAAAAGAAAAAUUCUUCUUUUA